ACCGUCAGUAUUUAGCAAUAUACAAAACGACGAAAUAAUAACAAAAAUGUGCUGAUAUUUUCUUCCAUCUACUCUUUCUUCUUCUAUUUAGUGGCUACUCACUCUCCAGAAUCCCUUCUCAUUCUCCCUUUUUCUCUUUCCUUUCUUGGCGAUUUCAAGAACCUCUACGAAAGAGAAAGAGAAAGAGAAAGAGAAAGAUGAAAGUUUCGUCAAUGGCGGUUAACUCUACUCAAUUUCCGACUCGAUGUUCAUCAAUUUCUACUUCAAUUUCGACUCCAGUUAUCUCUGAUUUGAGUUUCAAGUUAAAGAAUGUUAAUCCGUUGUUUCUCAAUCUCCGAAAUUCACCGUCAUUGAAGCAUUCGUCUAGAAGGAGUUUGAGUGUUACAAAUACUGUCAGCGAUCAGAAAUUGCAGGAUGCUGUUACUGACGACAAAAUUACAGGUCCUGAUAAUUCUUAUGCUCCGGAUUCCGAUUCAAUUGCAUCCAGCAUUAAAUAUCACGCAGAGUUCACUCCAUCCUUUUCUCCUGCACGUCUGGAUCUUCCCAAGGCAUUCUUUGCCACUGCAGAAAGUGUCCGUGAUAUGCUUAUCAUCAAUUGGAAUGCAACUUAUGAAUAUUAUCAAAAGGCAAAUGUCAAGCAAGCGUAUUAUUUGUCUAUGGAAUUCCUACAGGGCCGAGCUCUAUUGAAUGCAAUUGGAAAUCUUGAGCUAUCCGGUGCUUAUGCAGAGGCUUUGAGAAAGCUUGGUCAUACCCUAGAAGCUACUGCUGAGCAGGAACCUGAUCCUGCAUUAGGAAAUGGGGGACUUGGACGACUAGCGUCUUGCUUUCUGGAUUCCCUGGCUACGCUAGAUUACCCAGCAUGGGGCUAUGGCCUCAGAUACAAGUAUGGACUGUUUAAGCAAUAUAUUACAAAAGAUGGCCAGGAGGAAGUUGCUGAAAACUGGCUUGAGAUGGGUAAUCCCUGGGAAAUUGUAAGAAAUGACGUCUCCUACCCAGUGAAAUUCUAUGGAAAAGUCAUCACCAUGGCAGAUGGGAAAAAAGAAUGGGUAGGGGGAGAAGACAUAAAAGCUGUUGCCUAUGAUGUUCCCAUUCCAGGAUAUAAGACUAAAACAACAAUUAAUCUUCGGUUAUGGUCUACAAAGGUUUCAUCACAAUCCUUUGAUCUACGUGCUUUUAAUUCUGGCGAGCAUGAAAAAGCAUAUGAGGCAAUGACAAACGCAGAGAAGAUAUGUUACAUUCUUUACCCUGGUGAUGAAACACUGGAGGGAAAGACACUUCGACUGAAGCAGCAAUACACAUUGUGCUCUGCUUCCCUUCAAGAUAUUAUUGCACACUUUGAGAAGAGAUCAGGAGACCUUGUGAAUUGGGGAGAUUUUCCUGGAAAGGUCGCAGUGCAGAUGAAUGACACACAUCCAACACUCUGCAUCCCGGAGCUCAUAAGAAUAUUGAUGGAUGUCAAGGGUUUGAGCUGGGAUGAAGCAUGGAGUAUAACACAGAAAGCUGUUGCAUAUACAAACCACACGGUUUUGCCCGAGGCAUUAGAGAAAUGGAGCUUGGAGCUUAUUGAGAAACUGCUCCCUCGACAUGUUGAAAUUAUAAAAUUAAUUGAUGAGGAGCUGAGUAAAACCAUAAUAGAUGAAUAUGGUACUGAUGAUCUUGACUUGUUGCAACAAAAGCUGCAACAGAUGAGAAUUAUAGAUAAUAUUGAAUUACCUGCUUCUGUAUUGGAAUUGCUUGUCAAACCCCAAAAUGGCUCCAUUGUAAUUCCAACUACUACUCCAACUCCAUCUUCAACAAAAGAAGUUGAAGCCGUUAACAAAGAUGAACUUGUAGAAGUCUACGAAUCUUCUGAAGCAGUUGAAGAGCCUUUAGAUAAGACAGAUGAAUCUAAAGUUUUAUCUGUUCAAAAGAAAAUACAGUCUACAUUUGAGCCAGAUCCAAAGCGACCAAAGGUCAUUCGCAUGGCUAACCUCUGUGUAGUUGGUGGACAUGCAGUCAAUGGCGUUGCUGAAAUACAUAGUGAGAUUGUCAAAGCUGAUGUUUUUAAUGACUUUUAUGAGUUGUGGCCUGAGAAAUUUCAGAAUAAAACUAAUGGUGUUACUCCUCGAAGAUGGAUACGCUUUUGUAAUCCGGCUCUAAGUAAAAUUAUAACCAAGUGGACUGGAUCAGGUGACUGGGUUUUGAAAACUGAAAAGCUCGCAGAACUGAAGAAGUUUGCUAAUAACAUGGAACUUCAAUCUGAAUGGAGGGAAGCAAAGAGGAUCAACAAAUUGAAGGUUGCAGCUUAUAUAAAAGAAAAAACUGGAUAUGUUGUUAGUCCAGAUGCCAUGUUUGAUGUGCAGGUGAAACGUAUACAUGAAUACAAGCGUCAAUUGUUAAACAUUUUGGGUAUUGUUCACCGUUAUAAGAAGAUGAAGGAAAUGACUCCUGAGGAAAGGGCUGCAAGAUAUGUGCCUCGAGUGUGCAUUUUUGGAGGCAAAGCAUUUGCCACAUAUGUCCAAGCCAAGAGGAUUGUGAAAUUCAUCACAGAUGUAGCAGCCACUGUAAAUAAUGAUCCAGACGUUGGUGAUCUUUUGAAGGUUGUGUUUGUCCCUGAUUACAAUGUUAGCGUUGCUGAAGUGCUUAUUCCUGGCAGUGAGCUAUCUCAGCAUAUAAGCACUGCUGGAAUGGAGGCCAGUGGAACAAGUAAUAUGAAGUUUGCAAUGAAUGGAUGUCUGUUGAUUGGUACUCUUGAUGGAGCUAAUGUUGAAAUAAGGGAGGAAGUUGGAGAGGAUAACUUUUUUCUUUUUGGCGUUCAAGCUCAUGAAGUUUCUGGCUUAAGGAAAGAAAGAGCCCAGGGGAUGUUUGUGCCUGAUCCACGGUUCGAAGAAGUGAAGAAAUAUGUCAGAAGUGGGGUAUUUGGUAGCAACAAUUAUGAUGAAUUGAUGGGCUCACUUGAAGGAAACGAAGGCUAUGGCCGCGCUGAUUAUUUCCUUGUUGGGCAGGACUUUCCUAGCUACAUAGAGUGCCAGGAGAAGGUUGACGAGGCGUACCGUGAUCAGAAAAAAUGGACCAGAAUGUCAAUCUUGAACACAGCUGGUUCGUACAAGUUCAGCAGUGACAGAACUAUUCAUCAGUAUGCUAGAGACAUUUGGGGCAUUGAACCUGCUAUUCUACCGUAGACAUCUUCAUUUUCUUCGAUUCCGGUGAAAUCCCUUGCUUACUGUACCGCUGCUAUUUCUUGCGCUGUAUGCAUGUGUAGAGUUCAUAUUCUUGCUCUUGUAGAUAAUAUCUCUGGGAAAAUGUAUUUUAGUCGUAAAUUUAGGAACAUAAAUGGUAUUCAGAAUUAAAACGAUAAGUAAAAAUGUAGAACAGUUUUAAUAAAUGGAACAAGUCCAUCAAGGUUGUAUUCAACUUGAAAAUAUUCUCUUA